UCUAUCUGUCCACUUGCACCUUAUUUUAGUGUGUAUUCAUCCUUUUUAACGUGCAUUUCCAUGGAUGGGUGCGGGCAGGAGGCAGGGGGCUGCGCGAGGGGCUGCGCACUGAGGCAGGAGCACACAAGUGGCGGCGGCGAACUACAACACAGCUCAAGGAGGAGGAUCUGUGGGCUGGAGUGAAGUAUAGUAUGUUCCCCCCUCUCUUGUGAGGACCUCCCACGGUGACACGCGCCAUUGUUUCCACAACCACCACCACAACAACUGCACAGCUCCACCAUCAUCCACCGAGCCACCACCAUCAUGUACCACCAGCCACCCCCCAAUGUUGACACAGCAUCCAUCGAGGUGGGUGAAUCGGGCAUCCCGGGAGCCCUGCCAUCCAAGACGCCUGUGUCGCUGCUGCAAGAGCUAUGCAUGAGGCGAGGCAUUUCCCCCAAGUAUGACCUGCUGCAGAUAGAAGGGGCUGUGCAUGAGCCAACCUUCGUGUACAGGGUCACUGUAGGAGAAUUCGCAGCUAAUGGGUCUGGCCAGAGCAAGAAGAAGGCCAAGCAUGCAGCAGCCAAGGCCGUGCUGGACAUUAUUAUCCAGGGCGGGGCGGCCGGAACAGGAGGCCCCUCAGCUGGCGGGGCACCCGGAGCUGCACCUGAACUCUCCACACAGAUUGUUUCCCCCUACGAUGAUGGUAUCCCAGGAAAUCCAGUUGGGUCCCUGCAGGAGCUGUGCAUGGCGCGGCGUUGGCCCCCCCCAACCUACGAGCUCACUUCCGAGGAGGGCUUCCCCCACGAGAGAACCUUCUCCAUCGCCUGCACCAUUGGCAACACCAGAGAGAUAGGCACUGGCAAGAGCAAGAAGCUGGCCAAGCGGCAGGCGGCGUUCAAGAUGAGUCAGCGGUUGAAGGACCAGCCGGUAGAGCAGCCGCCCGUCACCGUGCUGACAGACGACGAUGAGGAGAUAGCUCAGAAGUUAGCCGCGAGAUACUCUGGACUGAAGGACUCGAAAGUGUUGUCCCUGACCACCAGUGACUCGCGGAAGGUGAGUCACUUCCACAAGAACCUAAAGCAGGCACCCGGGAAGAAACUGCAGGAACUCCAGACGAUAUCCUUGAGCUCUUUGUCCCUCAAUUUUGUCCAAAUGCUCCAAGACAUUGCUCAGGAAGCCAACUUUGUUGUCACAUACGUGGACAUUGAGGAACUCUCAGUCUCAGGUCAGCACCAGUGUCUAGUGCAGCUGUCCACUCUGCCGGUGGCCGUGUGUUACGGCACCGGCGCCACCGUCAAGGAGGCGCAGUCAGCUGCCGCCUACAAUGCCCUGGAGUACCUGGUGAUAAUGACCAACAAGUAGCUCAUCUGGCAGACCCCUGGUGGGCGUGGCCCCUGCUGGGGGAGCCCGAACGCUGCCUCCAAGCAGAGGCUCAGCGGGCAAGGCAGGUCUCGGGGCGGGGUCAACGGAGUCCUCGGGAACUGACGGGGAGUAAACGACAGAGCUUUACUUUUAGGCGCUGAGGAGUCUACGUAGUGUUCUACAGAUUCUCCGAGGAUGAGGCAAGCUUUUGGCAGUACGAGGCCACUAAUCAGCUAGUGUUUUUAAACUUACAUCGCAAGUGUUUGAGGUUCGACAAAGAUAUUCUUGAGACACGUAAUCUUGGUGUGGCGUGUUGUUUGUCAGGUAGUAAGAAUUGUGUGGAAUUCUUACAUAUCUGAAAACUCAUGAAUAAUAAAUAAAUAAAAGUCAGGUUAAAAAACCCAUGCAAUAUGUAAGUUGCAGACCAAAAAAAUGAAAAAUCUAAAUCGUUCAUUGAAUGAUAAAAAAAAGCCACCGAGUGGCAACAAAAAACAGUCAACUUGAGCCAGAGACGGUGUCUGUGGUACCUGUGGCCAGCUGGCAACGGUGAUGCUGUUCAACAAAGCUCCUGGCGGCCCUCGCAGCCUUUGUACCACUGGAGGCAAGCACAUGUCAGUACAGCUUGCAGGAUCAAACUAAUUAUUACAAAAUCCUGAAGAUCUGUCUCUAGAAUAAGUUCCAGCUGUAGUCAGGUAGAUGCAGGCAGAUGACAAACCAUGACAUUUCAGGGACUGAAGUCCUUGCAUUUUCAGAACUCUUUGUAUUGGCCUGCGGAGUAUUUGCUGCACAGUGUCACAAGUGUCAUCUUGGCCCCAGAGACACCCUGGCUCAAGUUUCCUCUCGUUGUGUGCAUCUACUAUACUUUGCAUAGAACUAGUGAAAGUGUUACGGCAGAGCAGACGCUGGUUCACUUGGCCUCCGUGUUGCAGGUCACGGCGAUGGUGCCAAGGCGGUCAAACUAGUACCUGAGGCUCUUCACUCCCCACAGUACAAUGUAACUGUAGUAGUCUGUUCCUUCAUCCUCACUCAAAGGUAAAAACAAAAGACAAAUUAUGGUGUGCAUUAUCACCAGACUCUGCACCACGUUUGCAAAGAUGGGGUAAAAGUGAACCAGUGUGUGGCCUCCUCACCUUGAAUGUACUGUAGUCUUGGCCGAGUGUAGGUCUCAGCGCGGGAGUACGUUGCCAGGGUUGAGAGCGGCAGCAAGAGCGGGGGCAGGGCUCCUGUACUUCUGUAGGGCAGCGAUUGGCAUGCCUACUGUAGAGUAGCAACUAGUAAAUAAUUUUGACUUGAAACUUCAAUAUAGUCUUCACAGUGCUGGCUAGCCUCUUCAACCCUUGCAAAUUACUCAAGCGCUGCAACUUAAAUAAUGCUUUAUCCAGUAAGCUGUUACGUACAUAAUUAUUAUCCAAUGGGCAUUCAUUAAUUAAAUGCAAAGUAUAGGUACUGGAUGAUAGCUGGCUACUGAGAGCUGAGCAGCCGGAGUGCCGGGAGUGGCAGGCCGGCCACUCCGCCGCCUCUGAGGAGUGUGCGUGAGUGGAGCGGAGACUUACCGAAACUUGUCGCAGGUUUUUGAUAUGAAUGGAUCAGUGGUAGCUUUUAUAGAUUGUAAUACUAAUAGCUUUGUUAAUGAGUUAUCAGAGGAAUUGACUUUUUAUGAAGUCCCUGAUUCAGGGUGAAUGUUCCCCUCUGGCAACACAAGAGCGAGAGUGAGUGACAGUGCCGCGCAGGUGGCCGAUGCCCUACAUACUACCGACUUGUUGACUUAAGACAGUUGCUUUGUUACAGCAGUCUUGCUGACCCACCGCCACGCAGGGCUCAGGGAGGGCACGUCAUCGCUGUGCACAAUGUCACUAAGGGAAGGCGACACCAAAAAACUUGCUCAUUUUCAAUAAAUCUAAAUAUAAAAGAAAUAUGAGGUGUAUAUUUACAAUUGAAAUUGAUAGAUACUGCACCAUUUUUCCUUUUAUAAAGAACUAAGAUUUAUAGGGAACUCCCACAUUUACACAGAAAACACAUUGUUUGGAUGGAAGUUCAAAAUAGCAAGUAAAAUUUAGUCUCCACACAUUAAUAGCUGUGGUGCACCAUGAGCAAAGGGGACAGGGAUGUGUGACCUCAGUGGUUAGGAAAACGUGAAUUAAACUGGUUUUGCAAGUUAUUACAAGUCUAUUACUACAAAGAUUGGAAAGAAGUUCGAGCAAUCUUUAGUACUGCCAAGGAGUUGAUGAAGAUUGUUAUAACUAACAGGUUGGGGGCCAAUCCACAAAGCUGAACAAAACUUUGGAGAGUAGAAAGUAUCCCUCGGGUCGCCUUCCUCUACAGCCACGUGGCCUCCCUGCCCCUGCCUGGCCCUGAUACUGCCCCGCUACAUCAGUGUAAUGCACUCAACUUGUUAGUACCUGCCCACUGUGAGGUCGUGUUAACGUCACCCUGUGGUGUGCCAGUAUGUACCCUCAGCUCAUCUUGUGUGAUCUCCACCGGAACUUAAUAAAUGACUGCGUCUUACAUUUGUCAACAAAGUACAGUACCAGAUCAUUUUAGGUCAUGGGCCAGAGUUGCCCAAACAGGAGCGCUGAGGCUGUUUCUGACGUACAGUCUGACCGUUGGUUUUGUUUGAAAGCCCAGAAUUCAACUUGUCAGAAGUGUUUGAAUUUUAAGUUAGGUUUAAUUUAAUUAAACUAAAGGAAGCAAUACACCUACAAUGAACCAUCCUGGUCUACUGGUCAUAGGGAACAGUAUAAUGUGGUGUGCUCCAAAUAAGGUAAAGAAACUAUAUUGCUAUCUAUCUGUUCCCUGAUGUUAGUUUCCCUUGAGGGGUUGGCCAGUGGAAGAGUUUACAACUUUCCCUUCUCUGGCACUCCCUCUCAGCACACUCCACCCCUUGCCUGGCACCUCCCUCUCCAGCACUUGUCCCACUCCACCCCAUUCACUGGUGGUCUGCUGACACCCCCCUUGAGUCUGCAUUCAUAUACUCUUCACAAAGUCAUUCUCAUUGCCUUCAUUAUCUCAUCUUUUUCCACCUCUGUGUGGAUACACAAGCACUACAUUAAUUUUCACUGCCAUCCUGGUUAUGGAUUCAAAAUGUUGUUUCCACACUUCCUUCCUCUUCUCAUCCCCAUCACUUCCCUUUUCCUUGCAUAUCUUCCUUCUCCCCAUUUCUCUUCUUCCCACAAGUUAGUUUCCCAGAUAUUUUGUGGACACCUUCCUCACAAAAUCCUCUACUAGCCUCUACUUUCCCUAACCAGUAUUUUCACUUUGUUUAAUAUAACUGUCAUGAUAAAUUUAUUUGUCAUUCAUAUGAAUAACAGGCACUGAGGUGGUGCAUCAGGCAAGUUGUAUAUUUAGAUCUGAUGGAGAACACACAGUAAAAUUUCAUCUCCUUGGUCCUUGGCAUGUGUGUGUGUGUGUGUGUUGGUGUGGAAAAGUAACUCAAACAGGCAGACAACAAGCGGUGUAUUACCCCAAACCCUUAUUUACAGUGUCAUGUUGCAUGCUAGUAUGGAAAAUUACUAUUACAUCUAAUGUGAGUGAAAUUAUGUGAGAUGUUGAUGUGAGAGUGACGAGGUCUUGGUGUGGGAGGCCCCGGAAGUGUCAUAUGUUUCACGCGACAACACCGAGACAAGUCCUGGCGUGUUGCCAGUCAAGGUGUUGCAGUGGACACGUGUCUGCUCAUAGUCUUGUUAGUUAUAACUUUUGAGGGACGCACAGGUACAUACCAGGUGGAGGAGUGGAUGGUUGGCUCAGAGCUGCAAAGGGCCCUGACGGUUCAGCCCGGAAAGUUGUCUGGCAGGAGGUCCGCCUUCGGCUGUACCUGUGGUGAAGAAAAAUGUUGGUUUUGCCCAAAUUGAAGAAGACAGUCAGUUGUGUUCCACACAAAAUACAAAACUUAGUCCAAAUUGGUUGGGCACAAAGAAUGGUGUAACAUUUUGUUUUCCAUCAUAAUUUCCCUCUAGUGAAUAGUUGGACUGUAUCUCUGUGUCCAUCCAAUAACCUCUAUUUAUGUUCAGAGUAAAAAUUUGAAAGGA